AUGUGCAGGUACAAGACCGGCAAAUGCACCAACGUGCGCUCCAGCAAGCGCAACGGCCAGCCGCACCAACUGUGUCUGUACCACCGCGACAAGGCCAACAAGAUUCAGCGCAAGUUCGACCGCCAGAAACGCCAGGUCGCGCGCUCCAAGAAGGCCAAUGGCCUCUCGUCCCCGACUUCCAUCUCGAUGCUGGACAUGGCUGCUCUUGCGGGUCUCACUCCAAUGUCCGAGUCGGCCGUGUCUCCUGCCGGUUCCACGUACUCAACGUCCUCUGACAUGUCCUUCUCCUCCGUCGCCUCGGACGACGUCAACAUGUACACGCCUGACUCGCUUGACUGCGGUCUGAACGAGAGCGUGUGGACGGACCUCCCGGCUGCUGCCGCUUCCUACCUCAGCGACUACUCGGACAUGCCUCUGCCCGCGAGCUGCCACCAAAGCUACUUGUCUUCGGACGAGAUCGACUUCCUGUGCUCUGCCGUUCUGGAGUAA